ACAAAUACGGUUUAGUCGGCCCGUAGACGACAUUCUAAAGGUUUUGUGUCGGUCUCGGACUCAAUUCUCGCUAUCAGGUCGGAACAGUCGAAAGUUUUUUGUGCUUUCUUGUCAGCGGUUCAUCAAAAUUCCGACAACGAUGCCUGGUUUUUGGUUAGCGUUCGCACUCCACUUCGUUUUGUGCCAUUGUCAGUACAAAUAUGGGCCAGAGCGCGCCUGGAAUCUGCACUCCGUGGAGGAGCUGAAGAGCAAGGAGUUCUGGUUCCACGACGCCCAGCGCACACUCUACGAGAAGCUGUCGACGCCUCCGAAUCAGUAUGUGGCCAAGAACGUGAUCCUAUUCCUGGGCGAUGGCAUGUCGGUGCCCACCGUCACCGCCAGCCGCAUCUUUGAUGGCCAAUUGCGAGGAGUAGUGGGCGAAAGGAAUCGUCUGGAGUUUGAGAAGUUCAACUUUGUGGGACUCUCAAAGACGUACUGUGCGAACAAGCAGGUCGCCGACUCGGCGUGCACGGCGUCCGCUUAUUUGUCCGGAAUUAAAGCGAAUUUUCUUACCAUUGGAGUCACCCCCGAUGUCCAGCUGAAUGACUGUGCUGGAGCCAGGCUGCCGCAGAAUCGCCUCUCCUCGAUAGCCGCCUGGGCGCUGAAGGGUCGCAAGUCCGCUGGCCUGGUGACCACAACACGGGUAACACAUGCGAGUCCCGCGGGCGUCUAUGCCCACACCUCAAAUCGGGACUUUGAGAGCGACUUUGACGUGAAUUCUUUUGGAGAAAAUUCUAGCAGGUGCCCAGACAUUGCCCAGCAGCUUAUAGAUGGGGAUGUGGGGAAACGCCUGCGGGUGAUCAUGGGCGGCGGCACCUCGAAGUUCUUGCCCAACACAGAGAAGGAUGUGUAUGGGAACCAGGGUCAGCGUUUGGAUGGUAGGAACCUCAUAGAGGAGUGGCAGAAGAGCAAGCCAGGCAACGCCCGGGUGGUCUUUAAUCGCACCGAUCUCUUGGCCAACGAUGCUCGCAGUACGGACUUCCUGUUCGGUCUGUUCAAUGCCUCGCACUUGGCAUAUCACUUGGACGAGAGCAUAGACACUCCCACGCUGGCGGAGAUGACAGAGUCAGCCAUCAAUAUCCUUUCCAGGGAUACUGGGGGGUAUUUUCUGUUUGUGGAGGGCGGUCGCAUCGAUCAUGCCCAUCAUGAGACCAAGGCCAAGAAGGCCCUCGAUGAAACUGUCCAAUUCUCGAAUGCCAUUAAACAGGCUCGCCUCCUGACGAAUCCCUGGGACACUUUGAUUGUGGUUACCGCCGACCACGGACACACCGUAACUAUCAGCGGCUAUCCGGAUGUGAAUAACAGCAUUGCCGGCCUGAAUUCAGAGAAGAGCGAUGUGGAUUCCAAGCCCUACGCCACUCUCUCCUACGCCAACGGUCCGGAAUAUCAAAAGUUCUAUCAAUCGAAGGAUGGCGUGGUGGAACGCGUUGAUCUCACAACUUCAGAUAUUGGUGACAAUGAUGCGCGCUAUCCCCACGGCGUGCCCAUGGAGGAGGAGACCCAUGGUGGCGGCGACGUGGCUGUGUAUGCUCACGGUCCUUGGGCGCAUUUGUUUACAGGCGUCUAUGAGCAAAAUUCCAUACCCUUCAUGAUGGGAUAUGCCUCUUGCCUUGGGCCUGGAAUGACUUACUGUGAUCUCCAGCCCAAAGUUUCGUACAAUCCAUGAUUUAUAAAAUAUAUAUAUGUUAAUUUAAAUAAAUGUUCGCUAUUUUAAGUGCUGUAAAACUGUCCACAAA